AUUUUAUUAUGUCUAUAUUAUAAACAUAGGAUUCAGAUAUGUUUAUGUUGCAUAACAGACUGGUUCACUGAUCAUUGAUGUAGCACCUAUCAAACAAAUAACUGCAAUUAAACAAUUUUACAAUCAAAGUUUGUAUGGGUAACAAUUAAUAAUAUUUUAUUCAAUAACAAAUACAUUAAACAUAGUUUAGUAGUAGGUAGGUAUUUAUUAGUUAUUAUAUUAUGUAAGAGAUAUGUAUAUUUAACAAAUAAAAUUAAUUUAUUAGGUAGGUAUUAACUUAAUACUAUAAAACUAUUAUAUUAAUAGUGAUAGCAAGCAGUCCAGUAAAAUAAUUUAUUAUAAGUACUUAUAUAUAUAAAUAUACAAAAAUAUGGUUAUUUUUAUUUUAUUCUUCCUUUAUAUAUAUUAAAUAAAUAAAUUAUCAUCUUAACUUCAAAUUGGUGAGAAUUGUUCAAGAUGAACAGUGUAGUUUUGAUGAUUGGUAUUUUAAUAUCAGUGAAUAAUGGUUUAGCAUCUAAUAUAUUAGCCUUUUUACCAAGCAAAGCACGCAGCCACUAUGGAGCGUUUGAACCGUUAUUAAAAGAAUUAGCAGAAAAAGGUCAUAACAUGACUGUUUUAUCACCAUUCCCUAUGAAAAAUCCACCAUCAUCUUACCAUCAUAUUCAAGUCGAGGAUGAAGAUCUCGUAAUGGGUUUCAAUCCAUUCAGUGUAGCUAAAAAUUUCAAACCAAUUUUAGUUCCGUUCAGAUCUUGGUUUAUUUGGCCAAAAUUUACAGAAACAAUAUUAAACAAACAAUCUGUUCAGAAAUUGAUUCAUUCAGAAGGACUUAAUUUUGAUUUAGUUUUAUUCGAAAAUUUUUAUCAUGAGUGUUUUGUAGCUCUUGGGCAUAAAUUCAAUGCACCUGUUGUACAAUUAUUUCCAUCUAUUCCGAAUGCUGGUGUAGCACAGUGGCAUCGUAAUCCAUAUGAUGGGUCAUAUAUUCCAGAUGUCAACUCUGGAUUCUGUGACAAUAUGUCUUUCAUGGAGCGUUUGACAAAUACUGUAUUAUCAUUUAUGCAUACAGCUUUAGGUUCAUUUUUCUACUUUCCAAAGCAAAGGGAUUUAAUGGAUAAAUAUUUCAACUAUACUGGUUGGGAAACACGACCGUCAAUGGAGAACAUGCUAAAAAAUAUUUCACUGACAUUGAUUAACACACACUUUUCUGUUGGAACAUCAAGACCUCUUGUCCCUUCAUACAUAGAUGUAGCUGGAAUGCACCUCAAACCUGCAUCUUCACUCCCAGAAGAUCUUCAGGAUAUUAUGAAUAACGCUCCUGAUGGAGUCGUAUACUUCAGUUUUGGUUCAGUACUCAAACUAACACAAUUACCCGAAAAUGAAUUUGAAAUUAUUAUUAGACAACUUGGCAAGAUCAAGCAAAAAGUAUUAUUUAAGUGGGAAUCAGAUACUAAAAUAGAUUUUCCGCCAAAUAUAAUCGUUAGAAAAUGGUUUCCACAAGUUGAUAUUUUAGGCCAUCCUAAUUGUGUAUUAUUUAUUACUCAUGGAGGCAUACACAGUACUGAAGAAGCUAUAUAUUUUGGAGUGCCAAUGUUAGCUAUAUCAGUGUUUGGAGAUCAGUUACAUAACUCAUUAGUAAUGCAGAAUAGAGGUGCUGCAAUUCGAAUUAAAUACAGUGAAUUUACUGAAGAUUUAUUUGAAAUAGCUUUAUAUAAAAUAUUGAAUGACAAGUCGUUUAAACAAAAAGCAACAGAACUAUCACAGAUAUUUCAUGAUCAACCAUUAAAAUCAUUAAAUAAAGCUAUUUACUGGAUUGAAUAUGUAAUACGGUACAAUGGGGCUCAUCAUUUGAAAACAGCUGCUGGCCAAUUGACUUGGUAUGAAUUUCUACUAAUUGAUGGUUUGUUUUUGGUGAUCAUCAUGAGAAUAAUUAUAACUGUAAUAUUGUGGUAUAUAGGAAAAAAGUUGUGGAGAAAAUUUUGUUGUAUAAAAACUAAAAAAAACUAGGAAAAUACAUAUUGAUAUUGUUCAUGUUUUGUAAUAAAAAUAAAUAUGUAUAAUUUUCUUUAAUGAAAACAUUUAUCUGAGGAUGAAUUAAUGACAAAUAUAUUUUAAUUAUUUUUUAAUCAAAAUAUAUUUAGUUAAAAUGGAUAAUUUAUUUUUAACUUACAUUUUAUUAUUAUUAAAUAAGUUAUAUUGAACUAAAUUAUAUACCUACCUUUAUUUUAAAAUCUGUAAUGUCACAAGAUGACAAAAUUAUUUUUUAUAAAUUUAUAUUUAUUUUAAAACCUAGUCCAGUCAAAUCUCAAAAUGGCAGAGCUGACAAACAUGUUUCGAAAUGCCAGCACAUAACUUGCAUAUAGAAAGCUUAUAAUUUAUAUCCUAGCUAUUACCUUUAAUGUUAUAUGACUGUAUAUUGAAAUAUACAAUUUAGGUUUUGUAAAUAGAAAUACUAAAAACUUUAAAAUUGUUAAAUUUUUCUCUCAUUAGAUCUAAGUUUGAAUUUGGUCUCCUUAUUAUGCUACCUCUAUUGAUCUAUAAGAAAAUGUCCAUUGUAAGUAUACUACAUCUAUAUUUUUCAAAUUAAAUAUUGCUCUAUCUAGGGACUCAUAUAUUCUGCAAUAUACCUAGCUAGGUAUUACAUCUUGUGAACUUAGAAGAAAAGUCAGCGAUCUAAUGUUUUUAUAUGAUUUACUUAAUGGUAUCGUAGAUUGCCCCGAGUUACUAUAAAUGGUUGGCCUUUACACGAGUCAAAUCAACUUCAGGUUCAAUAAAUUAUUUUUUACCUCUAAUUAUAGCUCAGCAUCAUAUUUUCCAUGAGUAUUAAUGUUAGCAAAUAAAAUAGCAAACUUUGUUGAUUUUUUCUUUAUGUCUUGUGAAGUUUUUAAAUCAAAUGUUUAUAAUGGCUUAAUACAUUUUAAUACAUAAUUUAUUUAUUUACUGUUUUAUAUUCUUAUUGUAGUUUAUUAUAUAUUUUUUUUUUGUUAUUUUUGAAUAUUUAUUUGUAUUGUGUAUAAUAUUGUAAUCAAUCAGAUUUGAGUUAUACAGUAGACACCGCUUACAAGACUCACGGAUAUAAGGUUCAGUUGUUUAUUAGACUCAAAAUCGUCUGGAACGGUUCGGACAUAUCAAAAUAGAUUAAAAAAAAUCAGUUAUAAGACUCAAAUGUUGUAAAAUAAAUUUUUUUGGUUAUAAUUUAAAAAUAAAUUGGUAUUGAAAAAUUAAAUAAUAUUUGUGUUGAUUAUUUCUAGUUUCUGUUAGUACCUUAUAACGUAUAAUAAUUUUUAUCGCAGAUAAAAGUUCACAUUUAUCGCAACGAUUAUCGUUAUUAUAUUUUCGGAAUAUUAGAACAAUAUAAAAAAUAAACUAAAAUUACAAAUUUUUUUCAAAAUAAAUAAUAAAUACAUUAUACACACAUCCUUUAUAAUUAAAAUUAAUGUAAUAUUUACCUAUAAUAAUUUUAGUUUUUUUUAUCAGGAUUAUUAAAUUUAUUCAAUAAUAUGUAAUAUGUAAUAUGUGUUAGAGUAUUAAAAUUAAAGCAAAAUAUGUAGUAAAAUAAAAUUUAUAAAUACGUAAUUAAUUUUUUUUUUUUCCACUUCCCCUAUAAGAUUAAUUGGUUAUAAGACUCACUUUGUGCUGGUCCCUAAGCGAGUCUUAUAAGCAGCGUCUACUGUAUCUAUCUAUUUAUGAUGUCUCUAUCUUUUGCUAAAAGGUUCAUACCCAUUUACAAAUAAUAAAUAAAUAAAUACCAGUUUAAUUAUGAAAUAACAGAUGAGAUUGCAAUGGUGAAAUUACAACAUUUAAAUUAAGUGUUCCAGUUGUAGCUAAAUACAGUAACUGAUAUAUUUGUUUUAAAAUUUUAAUUUAAAAAAGUUAAAUUGUUUUUUUUUUUGUUGUUAUUCGUGAAUAAAAUAAAAAUACCUUAAUCUGUA